AUGAUAAAGAUCCAAGCUGAACAUUGCUUCGAACCUGGUGUGGUUACAAUUACUCCAGAGGAGCUAUCUGUGAAGGUGCUGAAGCCAAGGUCGGGAUAUGUUAAAGGACUCGGAUUGAGGCGUUCCUUCUCUGUCAGGUCUACUAGUGCUUCGACUGACAGUGACUAUGUGAGGCGUCUAGAGAUGGAAAUACAAGAGCAAAAGGAGGAAAUUCAGUCACAAAAAGAAGAAAUUCAGUCACAUAAAGAAGAAAUUACAGCACAGAAACAUGAAAUUCAAGUACAAAAAGAGGAAAUUCAAGCACAAAAUAAAGAGAUAGGGAAGAUGAAUGGGUCGAUUGAUGAGCAUUUUGAGAUCACAUCAAGCAUCAUGGAGUUUCUUAAGAAGCAAGGUUUCAAAGGACAAUUUAGAGGAGGAGAUUUAUGUCCAGUCUCGAUAACUGUUACGCUUGAGAAGUACGAUGUCUCUGGUUCUAAAGUGUUUAUUUUGCUUGUGUUCUUCCUUGUACAGCUUCUUCUUAGAUCAAGCCCAACUCAAGGUCUUCAGGCAUAUGGGAGUGGUUUCCAACGACCUUCUAUGUACCAGAGACAAUUCCAAUAUGGGAAUUACACAAAUGCUGCUUUGAAGUUUCCCAUGUUGCAGCCAUGUCGAGCAACACAGGACUUAUCUGUGGUUGCCUUAACCAGAUCACCUGUUUUUGUCCAAGCCCCUGCGGAGAAAGGCUUAGCUGGCUUUGCCAUUGAUUUUCUUAUGGGUGGAGUCUCUGCAGCUGUAUCCAAAACAGCUGCCGCCCCAAUUGAGCGUGUGAAGCUUUUGAUCCAGAAUCAGGAUGAGAUGAUUAAAAGUGGAAGACUUUCUGAACCAUACAACGGCAUUGGUGAUUGUUUCGGCCGAACAAUUAGGGAAGAAGGAUUUGUUUCAUUGUGGAGAGGGAACACUGCUAAUGUCAUCCGUUACUUCCCAACUCAGGCCUUGAACUUUGCCUUUAAAGACUACUUCAAGAGGCUUUUCAACUUUAAGAAAGAUAGGGAUGGUUACUGGAAAUGGUUUGCCGGCAACCUGGCCUCUGGUGGUGCAGCUGGUGCUUCCUCUCUGUUGUUUGUCUAUUCAUUGGACUAUGCUCGAACCCGUUUGGCAAAUGAUGCAAAGGCUGCAAAGAAGGGAGGAGAGAGGCAAUUUAAUGGCUUGGUUGAUGUCUACAAGAAGACAUUAGCUAGCGAUGGCCUUGCCGGCCUUUACCGAGGAUUCAAUAUUUCAUGUGUUGGGAUCAUUGUCUAUCGUGGUCUGUACUUUGGAAUGUAUGAUUCUCUGAAGCCGGUGGUCCUUACUGGAAAAUUGCAGGAUAAUUUCUUCGCUAGCUUUGCCCUUGGUUGGGUCAUCACCAAUGGUGCUGGCCUUGCAUCAUACCCAAUUGAUACUGUUCGGAGAAGAAUGAUGAUGACCUCUGGUGAGGCUGUCAAAUACAAGAGUUCCUUCGAUGCAUUCUCUCAGAUCCUGAAGAACGAGGGUCCCAAGUCUCUCUUCAAGGGUGCUGGUGCAAACAUUCUUCGUGCUGUUGCUGGUGCUGGUGUGCUUGCUGGUUAUGAUAAACUGCAGGAGAUUGUCCUUGGGAAGAAGUAUGGAUCUGGUGGUGCUUAAAUGAGGGUAUUCUUCCUUACUUUGCCUUUUACAGUAGAUGGUGAUGAAAAACAUUAUCAAGUUCCGAGAAUUCAACCCGGCAAUUUUUUGUCUUAAAUAAUUCAGUUGUAGAGGGAGUUACUCCCGAACCCAAUUUUUGUCUUUAAUAAUUCAGUUGUAGAGGGAGUUACUCCCAAACCCAAUUUUCCAUUUUGGAUGGAUUUUUUUAACUUAUAAACCCCACAUUUGAAGGCUGCUAAUGGAGUUGUUGUUCAUCGAGAUUCAGUUAUAUGAAUUGAGAAAUAACAUAUUUCUGUAAUUUUUAUUCCGAACGGGAGAGAAAUAUGAUGUAUGACUCUGGUUUAAUCCAUUUCCUUAAAUGAUGACUCGGGCAUUGAGUUGCCUUUUUGUUUUA